AUGGAAAGCUUACUUCCAAAUCACACCAGAGGUGGUCUUGGUGGAGUGUUGCGUGAUGAGCAAGGCCAUUUCAAAGCAGCUUUUGCACUACCAGUGUGCAAUGUUGCGUCAGCUAAACAUGUUGAGCUGUUAGCAGUGAAACAAGGGCUGCAGCUACUUCAGUCCUUCCCUAAUCAAGAAGUCGUAAUUGAGACAGAUUGCUUGGAAGCCACUAGUGAUAUAGCCAACCCAGGGUAUGAAAUGCUUGAGUUUCCUGGAGUGUUGGAUGAUAUACGCACAGCUCUAAAGGCUCAGAUCGAAGUAAAGAUACGCUUUGCACCAAGAACUUGCAACGCAGUAGCACAUAGAUUGGCUAGUUUAGGCUUUGAAGACAAUUACAAUACCAUUUGGUCUCAUGUACCUCCGGAUUGCAUUCUGGAUCUUCUACAAUCAGAUCGUAACCAAAUGUAA